AUGCAGCCCGCAAGCCCUCAAUCUACGACUAAAAUCCUACUCGUCGGCGCCACAGGCUACAUUGGAGGAUCAAUACUUUCACACAUAACAAAAUCAGAUCCCUCGGCCCAGGUGACAGCCUUGAUAAGAUCGCCGGACGACGUCGAAAAAGUCAACAAGUGGUUUCCAAAGGUCCAAAUUAUUCAAGGGGAUCUGAGCAACGAGACCAAGGUCAAAGAAGCCGCCGCAAACGCCAACGUAAUAAUCUACGCCGCGCGCAAUACGCAAAAUGGAUUAGAAGCUUUGAUGGACGGGCUGUCAUCUUCACACCCGUGCUCAUCCCGCCACGGCGCUCUGUUCAUCAUGCUCAGCGCGAUCAUCUCUCUCGCAGACCCCAAAAAUCUCCGCCUGGGCGAGGAGCCUCCCCACGACUCCAAUCCAAUAAGCGACGUGGACGACGCCGAAGCCAUCAAGGCGCUUCCCGACCACCACUGGCACGUGGCUCAGGAGCGCGCCUUCUUCAGCCUCGCCGAGGACAGAAACAGCCGAGGAGGACGCCGCGUCGUCACCCCGGUGGUGAUGGGCCUCCCGCUCGCGCUGGGCGCCGGCGCGGGACCCGUCCGGACCGAGGGCUUCGUGCACGACUACGUGCGCGCGGUGGCCCGCCGUGCCGGCGAGGGCGCAAAGGGCCCCUUUGUCAUGGGCCAGGGCCGCAACGUCUGGAGCUGGUGCACGACGCAGGACAUUGCCGACGCCGCCUGGACGAUUGUGAACCGGUGGAGGGACGACGAGGGCCGCGGAUGGGACGAGCAGCUGUGCGGGUACUACUACGUCGAGGCCGGGCAGCUCGUAAUGCGGGAUGUGGCUUACGAGGUGUCGAGGGCCGUGACGGGCGUCGAGGCGGCGCCUGAGGACUGCGACUCGUUGCAGUAUCCCCAGUUCGCGCAGCUUAUGCCGGUGUUGCCGGGGCUGUGGGGCGUCACCGCCAGGUGCAAGGCUGACAGGCUGAGGAGGAUGGGGUGGACACCCAAGUUCACUACCUGGCAGCCUGUCGUACAGCAGUGUGCCAAAGCGAUAGUGUGA